AUAUUUUACACAUAAAAACUCACCUUCAAUAUCUUCCAUCUUGUUAUUCACACACUAUAUACACAUCAGAAAGACAUUUCUCCACUUUCAAACACAUAUUUCUUUCAUUCUUCAAGAAAUUAAAAAUGGAGAACUUCCCAAUUAUCAACUUGGAAAAACUCAAUGGUGCUGAGAGAGCUGCCACCAUGGAUAAGAUUAAUGAUGCUUGUGAAAACUGGGGCUUCUUCGAGUUGGUGAACCAUGGAAUCCCACAUGAAGUUAUGGACACAGUGGAGAAAUUAACAAAGGGGCAUUACAAGAAGUGCAUGGAACAGAGAUUUAAGGAAUUGGUGGCUAAGAAGGGACUUGAAGGAGUUGAAGCUGAGGUUACUGAUAUGGAUUGGGAAAGUACUUUUUUCUUGCGGCAUCUACCAGUUUCUAACAUCUCUGAAGUCCCUGAUCUUGAUGAUGUAUACAGGGAAGUUAUGAGGGAUUUUGCUAAAAGAUUAGAGAAGCUAGCAGAGGAACUCUUGGAUUUACUCUGCGAAAAUCUUGGUCUAGAAAAAGGUUACUUGAAAAAGAUAUUUUAUGGCUCUAAAGGUCCAAAUUUUGGGACUAAAGUGAGCAACUAUCCACCAUGCCCAAAACCAGAUUUGAUCAAGGGGCUGCGCGCCCACACGGACGCUGGUGGCCUAAUCCUUCUCUUCCAAGAUGACAAAGUGAGCGGCCUACAACUUCUCAAAGACGGGCAAUGGGUCGAUGUUCCUCCCAUGCGUCACUCCAUCGUGGUUAACCUCGGCGACCAAGUUGAGGUGAUCACUAACGGGAAGUACAAGAGUGUGAUGCAUAGAGUGAUUGCGCAAAAAGAUGGGACUCGGAUGUCAUUAGCAUCCUUCUAUAAUCCAGGAACUGAUGCAGUGAUCUACCCAGCACCAACUCUAGUUGAGAAAGAGGCAGAAGAAAACAAACAAGUUUACCCCAAAUUUGUGUUUGAUGAUUACAUGAAGUUAUAUGCUGGUCUCAAGUUUCAGGCCAAAGAGCCAAGAUUUGAAGCAAUGAAAGCUAUGGAAACUGGUCCAGUUGCAACUGCUUAGAUUCAUAUUCAGGAUUAAAGAUUAAAUUGGAACAAAAUUAUUUGUUACUCGUAUUGAAUUACUACAAGACCAAGUGUCAUACAUUAUUAUUUGCUUUUUUAGUAUAGUGGAAUUGAUUUUAUUUUUACAAAGUGUGUGUCCCUACUACAUAUGUAGUAAAGAGGCCUAAAGUAUGUACCUUACACAGAUUUCAAUAUACCCAAAAAGACCUGUGUUCCUUCU